AUGUUGAAGCUUCUUCAAUCCGCAUCGUCUGUGGCUACGCGCACUUCUCAAUCCUCUACAGGUCGUAUGGCUGUGCGUGGUCUUCACCACUCCAAGGCUGCAAUGCAAGUUAUGGCCACCAAUCCUCUUCGCGCAAAGGAAGCUAGCGGAUCUAUUGCCAGCAAAUACCCUGUCAUUGAUCACGAAUAUGAUGCUGUUGUUGUUGGUGCUGGUGGUGCUGGUCUUCGUGCUGCUUUUGGUCUUGCUGAAGCUGGUUUGAACACUGCAUGUAUCACCAAGUUGUUCCCUACUCGUUCCCACACUGUCGCUGCUCAGGGUGGUAUCAAUGCUGCUUUGGGUAACAUGACUGAGGAUGAUUGGAGAUGGCACAUGUAUGAUACUGUCAAGGGCUCCGAUUGGCUUGGUGAUCAAGAUGCCAUCCAUUACAUGUGUCGUGAAGCUCCCCACACCGUUGUGGAAUUGGAAAACUAUGGUGUGCCUUUCUCUCGUACCGAAGAAGGAAAGAUCUAUCAACGUGCCUUUGGUGGUCAAAGCUUAAAGUUCGGCAAGGGUGGUCAAGCCUAUCGUUGUGCUGCUGUCGCUGAUCGUACUGGUCACGCCAUUCUUCACACUCUCUACGGCCAAUCUUUGCGUCACAACACCAACUACUUCAUCGAAUACUUUGCUUUGGAUUUGAUUAUGGAAGAUGGUGAAUGUAAGGGUGUGAUUGCUCUCAACAUGGAGGAUGGUACUAUUCAUCGUUUCCGCUCCCACAAGACCGUUCUUGCUACUGGUGGUUAUGGUCGUGCCUACUUCUCAUGCACUUCAGCUCACACUUGUACCGGUGAUGGUAACGCCAUGGUUGCUCGUGCUGGUCUUCCUUUGCAAGAUCUUGAAUUCGUCCAAUUCCAUCCUACUGGUAUCUAUGGUGCUGGUUGUUUGAUUACUGAAGGCUCUCGUGGUGAAGGUGGUAUCUUGAUCAACUCUGCUGGUGAACGUUUCAUGGAGCGCUAUGCACCUACUGCUAAGGAUCUUGCAUCACGUGAUGUCGUCUCUCGUGCCAUGACUCUUGAAAUCAAGGAAGGCCGUGGUGUUGGUGAAGAAAAGGAUCACAUUUACUUGCAAUUGCAUCACUUGCCUGCUGAAGUCCUUCAUGAACGUCUUCCUGGUAUCUCUGAAACUGCUGCCAUUUUCGCUGGUGUUGAUGUUACCAAGGAACCUAUCCCUGUGUUGCCCACUGUCCAUUACAACAUGGGUGGUAUCCCUACUCGUUACACUGGUGAGGUCAUUCGUCAAAAUGAAAAGGGUGAAGAUGUUGUUGUUCCUGGAUUGUACGCCGCUGGUGAAGCUGCUUGUGUAUCCGUUCACGGUGCUAACCGCCUUGGUGCCAACUCCCUUUUGGACAUUGUCGUCUUUGGUCGUGCCGUUGCUCACCACAUUGCCGAAACUCUUGAACCUGGUACUCCUCUCAAGCCAUUCGCUGCUGAUGCAGGUGCCAACACCAUUGCCAACCUUGACAAGUUAAGAAACGCUGAUGGUAGCAAGCGUACCUCUGAGAUUCGUCUUGCCAUGCAAAAGGUGAUGCAAGCUGAUGCUGCUGUCUUCCGUACUCAGGAGACUUUGGAUCAAGGUGUCAAGAAGAUUGAUGAAGUAUUCAAGUCCUUCUCUGAUGUUAAGGUCUCUGAUCGUGGUAUGAUUUGGAACACUGAUUUGACCGAGACCCUCGAACUUCAAAACUUGUUGACUUGUGCCGCUCAAACCAUGCACGCUGCUUCCGUUCGUACUGAGUCUCGUGGCGCCCACGCUCGUGAUGACUUCAAGGAACGUGAUGAUGAGAACUGGAUGAAGCACACUCUUUCAUACCAAGAUCAAGAAACCGGUGAAGUUAAGCUUACUUACCGAUCCGUUGAAGCCAACACUCUUGAUGAGAAUGAGUGCAAGCCUGUUCCUCCUUUCGCUCGUGUCUACUAA